AGUGUGUAUUGAAAUUGAAAACGUGCAUGUGUCUCUCCGCGACGAUGAUGUAGGUUUGUGGCUGGCUAUAUAGGAACAGAUUAAAUCAUGAUUUUCGCAAUUAUAUAAAAUCCACGAUAACGUACAUAAGUUCACACACUUUUAUAUACAUUUUGAUACUAAAUCCGUACAGAGUAAGUGGCUAUGGCAGAGACUGAUUUAUUGAAACGCCUCACUGAACGCAAUAUGUACUUCAAUCAGAUGGUUAAUCUUAUUCCAGCAAAGUUUUAUUUUAGCAAUGAAGAUAAACAGACUGGGUUUUAUGGCAAAGAAAGUUCAGGAAAAGUUCCGGAGCAUAAAGUACAGAAGACGAAGAAGAACAAGAAACAAAAACUUGAUCCAGCUCAGCAUAAGAGUGUCACAAAGAUCCAAGGAGAGAUUGCAGAGAAAGAAGAAAGGGAACGUCUGGAGCAGAGCAACAAGAAUGAAGCUGAAAUGGCACAAGUAGAUGAUGAAAUAGACGGGGAUGAUGAGAUAGAAGAGGUGGAGCCAAAGAUCCCCAUCCGACCAAUCAGUGUUGAGAAAAUUGAAUGUUCAGAGUCAAUAGAAGAUUUACGCGUCAAGUUGAAUUCCAAGAUAGCUAGUCUGAGAAAGAAACGCAAAAUGGUUGACAAUAUGAACAAUGGUGUACCCAAAAAACAGGCAAGAAAACUGUUGCAGGAACAAAAGAAGGCAAAAUGGGAAGCCAUUAAGAAAGCCAGAGCAGACAUGCAUAAAACCAAGAAUGGAAAAUCAAGUGGAGGAACAAAAAAAGAAUUGUAUGAACCAACAGCUCCUCCAGUUUUGAACAGUGAAGGGGAGGUGGCAUUUAGCAAAUUUGAAUUCACUAAAUCAAGUGAAAAGAAGAAAAAGUGGGUAAAAACAAAUCAACCAAGAAGUAAUAAAGAUUAUACAAGGUUGCUAAUGAAAGCAGAGAUGGAUGUAAAGAAAAUGAAGGAAUUAAAAGAGAAAGACCCAGAAAAGGCUAAGCAAGUGGAAGAGACUCAGGCAUGGAAAAAAGCGAUGCAGAAAGCACAGGGAGCUAAGAUAAAAGACGAUCCAGACUUGAUUAAAAAAACGAUGAAAAAACAGAAAAAGUUGAAGAUAAAGAGUGCGAAGAAGUGGAAAGAUAGAGUUGAGCAACAAGAAAAAGUAAAGAAGGACAAGCAGGAGAAACGUACCAAAAAUAUCCAGUCAAGGAAAUCACAAAAACAGAUGAAGAAGGUGAAGCGCUUACAAAAGAAGGGUAAACUUCUGCCUGGGUUCUGAUCUUCUGAAAAUCAUGGACUAUAUAACUACUGUAGUAGUUGCCCUAAAUUAUGUUGCUGUCUUGUGUUACCUAAGUACCUAACACUAUUUUACUUUGCAACAUAUCAAAAGGAAAACUCGGGAACGAUAUGAGAUACAGAUUUUAGAAUAUUUUCUAAGUUUUUUGUCAAAUAUGCAGUUCGACAACAUAUAACCAAAAUCUUCCUCUAGAGCUUGAAUGUUGUGCAACCUUUUGCUAUAGUCUAAAAAAUACAUAGAUUCUAUCUUACAUUUACAAUUUUUGUUACUUGAUUUCUUGUGCCAGGCCACUGUAUGUUACCUGGAAAUAGUAAUGUUUUCUUGUGGUAGGCCAAACGAUUACUCAGGAGCAGAUACAGGUAAAUAAUCAGGGUUGGUUUGUCAACACAUUUUAGCCUAGGCCUUUUUGGUUAGUUUGGUACAAACCAUCUCUCCACCAAUGCAUUUUGGUGUAUGAACUGGUGACUAAAAUCCUGGAUAAAUUAUACUUUGAAACAUACUUCUUAUUUGGUUGCCUGGAAAACAGAAUGACUCUUUACUUAAUUUAGAGAUUUUGGGUUGGUUGGGCUUUGGCAACAAUGGUUGUUUACGCAUUGUAACCAACAUACUGAUCAACCAUGUUUCCAGGCAGCCAAUCUUUUAGGAAUUUUAUGAUUUGAAAGUUAUUGGACAGUUGAAUUUAACUGAUGGUAAUUGAAUACAAUUUUAUCAAUUUUAUAUUUGUCGAUAUCUGUUUUGUGUUUGUGUUGGUUUCAUAUACAAUUCAACUUGCCUUAAGUCAACUUUGCCUAACUCAAAUAAUUUCCAAGUACAGUAGAUCUUAUUUUAUGUGCCAGAUUGUUGUAUUUUCCAUUAAUUAGCGAUCUGUAAGUCAAAUUUUAUCUUACUCGAACAAUUUUUCAGUACCAUUUUGGAUUUGACUUAAACAAACUCAAAUUUACACUUUUUUGUGGGGGUUUAAUAUGUCAAGAUGGUGAUUCAAUUCAAUCAGUUGUUAUAGCCCGUCAUUGUAAUCAUAACCAUUUUUUCAUCAUUAUCAUCUCUAUUGUCAUGGCAAUCAUUAGGUGCCCUCUGGACAAUUUACAGUACAUGUUGAUAUGCACGAUUUGCUAUAUAAACAAAGGUUAUUAGGGGGCGUGAUGAUGACACAUGCUUGACCCUUCAAUAUUUUUUAGGAUUCGCCUCUUUGUAAAAUUCCUUUAAAUUACGAUUUUAGCAAUUUUGUGAGCCUUAAAACGUCCUAUACAUUAAUAAUCAAUAAAACACAUGUUCUGUAAGUAUAA